AUGUCCACAACCGGGGCCAAUGGGUCCUCAAAGUAUAUGGAAAAACUCAGGGAACUUCACUUAAGAGUGAAUGAGGCUAGAAAAUCUAAUCAUAUUCAGGUUGUUGAAGAGGAUAAGCGAUCAAAACUUCCAUCAAACUGGGAAGUACGACAAAAACGAUUACAAUGGGAAGAAGAAGAUGAACUAUUUAGAUUGGAAUGUAAUCAACAAAAAAUUGAUCCAGAUCGAAUGCGUGCAUUAAAUGUUAGUGCUGAAAUCGCCGAUCGUCUUGAAAUAAGACGAAGAAAAAAAUGCAAUACAGAUGAAGGAUUUUCAACAUACGCUGAUGCAUCACAUCGUAAAUAUCUUAAAAUGACUAAACAGAUUAAACCAGAUUUGAUUGCUUAUCAAAAGGAGAAAGAAAAAUUAGGAGAUCUAGCCUUUCCAACUGCUGAUACAAUAGGAUUAACAGAUCGCAAAGACACACCUGAAGCUGUUGAGCGUCUAGCUAAACAAAUAAUUGAACAAGGUGUCAAGCGUAAAGCUUACAGUCGGAGACGUCCAUUCGAUGCCGAUGCUGAUAUUGACUAUAUUAAUGAGCGUAACAAACGAUAUAAUGAGUUACUUGACCGACAUUAUGGGAAAUAUACAGCUGAAAUUAAACAAAACCUUGAAAGAGGCACAGCGAUAUAA